GCUUGCAUUGCAACGUACACGGCAAUCGAUCGCUCUCCGUUCUUGUUUGAGUGGCCCGCAUGUUUGACGGAAUGCUGUCAUCCUCCUCCUCGUAGUACGUGCUCGUGCCCUCGACCAGCGAGCACAUCCAGGUAGUUGGAACCAUCAGCGCCGCCGCCAUAGCCAACUUCUUCCUCGUUCUCGUUGUCUUAUCACGGAAGGGUUGGAAGACGGGCGGCCGGGCGGGUGGGCGGUCGGUGCAAAAGACUUAAAGUCUCUGUCUCGGCGCCACGUGCCAUCGUGGGAUACGUUUUCACUGUAUGGCAACGGAACAAUCAUCGACGUCUUGUGUUUCUGUUUUGCGGCGAUGGACGUCUGAUUCCAAUCCCCACAUCAUAUCGAUUUACUAGUCGACUCUGUCACCUCGGAUAUCAUUUCUGCCCUCCCUCUUUUCUGCUGAAGGGAGGGAUUAGGAACGAGUGAAAACGCGUGUUUCUGUUUGACUUCCACUUCUGCUGAUCUCUUCCCUUUCGUUUUCGGGAAGAAUUUACGCUCCUUCAUCCCUGCGAGGAUUCGAUCUAAUCAACCAUCUAAUUAAUCAAGCGAUCAAUUAAAUUCACCAAUCUACGAAUCAGUGAAUUCAUGACACUGAGGAUGAUCAGUUCCCGGACGCCGUGUAUUCGUUAACUUGAAGCGGCCUCGCGAUUGGUCGGUAUCGGUACCCAUGAUUGGUCGGUAUCGGUACCAUCGGCGUCAACAUGAUAGAAGAACAAAUGCUAUGUGCGGGUAGCGUUCAAGGGGCCUGAAGAAGGUGGGGGAGAACGAGGGUGCAGGAGGUUGUGGAGAAGUUGGGAGAGAGAGGAGGGGCGAGUGGUUUUGAGCAACAGAUGCGGCGUGUGCUGAGCUGUUUUCUGUCGAGUGUGUUUGUUCUUCCAUUGGUAAUUGCGUUUCUGGCGCCGUGUUUUCUUUUUCCCGCGUUCUGGGCGUGCCACCUAGUCACUCUUCUGCUUCUGAGCUUCAGUUACUCGGCUUUGCGGGUUUUCAUCGAGUUUCUUCUCGAGAUCUUCCGCGCCGACAAGCCUAUCGCCAUAAUGGAACUCCUGGGGUGCUAUUUCACAACCGCAUCGGAGAGAGAAGGUGGACGCCUACGUUACAAGUUAUCCCUAUCAAACCGCUACAAUAUUUGCAAUGACUCUAAUCUUCAUUCGUCCUUCGAUAACGACAAGUGUACGAAGCCUCUACGUGUGGACCCUCGUGUUGACACACACCUGAGCAAGGUGGGCGAGCCGUUCGAUGAGCAGGGGGAUGCGGUAGAUAUCAUCUCGUUGGAAAACGAUGAGGAAGAGGACGAGUGUUCGAAGCAGCAGCAGCAGCAGCACCACCACCACCACCACCUACAACAACAGCAGCAGAAGAAGACGGAGGUUGAGGAAGCCUCGGCUCAAUCUGGUGAUGCUAGGCAGGAAACGUCGGCUGUUUGUGAAGGGAAAGACUGUGACCGUAGCAACGCCGCAGCAUGUCCAGUUGUUGCGGAAGACGGAAAUGGAGAUGAUGUUGCAAUGACAGAGAAGCAGACGACGGAAGAAGUGUCUUCUGCGCUGCGUUGCGUCGAACAAGUCGACGAAGCAGUGACAGACACCUGCACUGAUGGACCUCAAACACCCGACGCCGCGUCGACAGACUCGUCUGAAAGCGAUAAAGCUGCUCCAUUGACCAGCGACGAGCCGAGCGUAGCCUCUGACGAGUCGUCUUCGGUGAAUGGCUGCGCGGCAGACUCCCAAAGUGAUGGAUCGUCCAUUGCCGAGAUUGAGGUCGUUUCCGAGGAGUCUUCUCCAGACACUGGAUCUCUGAUGAUAGGAGAUGAUGACGGAGAGGCUAUAUUCCGCGAAUCGAAAGGAUUAAGACUAAAAUCCGGAGCGUCAAUGAUACCCCAUCCAUCGAAGGUCAAGAGAGGAGGAGAGGAUGCCUACUUCAUCUCUGACGACGGACGUUGGCUCGGAGUAGCUGAUGGAGUUGGUGGCUGGGCGCAAAUGGGUAUCGACGCUGGACUGUACUCUAGGGAGCUCAUGACCAACAGUCUUCAAGCAGUCAGAGCGUCUACGUCGAUCGAGCCGUCGGAAGUGUUGAUUCAUGCCCACCGAAGGACGCAUGCUGUGGGAUCAUCUACAGCACUCUUGGCUUCCCUCGAUGGAAACAUCCUGAAGUUUGCGAAUAUUGGGGACUGCGGUUUUCUAGUCAUUUCCAACGGCCGUGUCGUCAAGGCAUCCAUUCACAUGCAGCAUGCAUUCAACUUUCCCUAUCAGAUUGGCACUCGAGGCGAUGAUCCUGCCGAAGCUGAGAGAUACGAAAUUGAUGUGAAGGAAGGAGACAUUCUUGUCAUGGGCUCCGACGGACUCUUCGAUAAUCUCUUCCACGAGGAGAUCGGCCAGAUUGCGUCGGAAUCGAAGAAGGCGGGAGAAUCUCCUCAGGCUGCAGCGGAUCACAUUUCUCGUCUCGCGCAACAGCGGGCAAGCCGCACGGAUGGCGUUUCCCCGUUCGCUGUCGCAGCUAUGUUUGCUGGUUUCCGAUUCGAAGGAGGGAAGAUGGACGAUAUCACGGUGCUAGUGUCGUAUUUGGAGAAAUGAGAAGACUUCAAUGACGUUUUCUACAAGCAGAGUUUUUUUUUCUGCCUUCUCUAUACAGAGAGCAGACGGGGGGAGGGGGACAGUUCGGUAUGCUGCGGCUAAUCUGCAGAGAGGGCGGGGGGGAGGGGCGGGGGGGGAUGGGUGCGAGAGGGUGGAGGGUUCUCUCCUGUACCUCAACCAUCUUUUCGGUGGCGCGUUAUUGUGCUUCGUCUUUGUAAAAGUAACACACAGACGAAAUCACUCAGUUCGUUUGACCGGUUGGUCAACUAGAGUGGCGGCGGUUGGGAUCGCUGGGUAAUGGCAGCCGUUGAUUUCGAUGACGAGUACAUUUUUUCUAGCUGCUCGUUUGGACGAUUUUUCGGGGGGGGGGGGAGGGGGGGAGGGGAGGGGAGGGGGGGGAACGGGGAGGGAAGGGACAGUGGUGGAGGCAACGAAAGAGUGAGCGCAAUGGAGUGGUGUUAUUGUUGCAUUAUUUUUCCAGAAUCUUCAGGGACUCGUCGUCGCGCGGUUGUUCGUUGGGACAUCCACGUUCGGCCUUCAAGAGUUAAAGCUUCUACUGGCGAGGCCUGCUGCGGAUGGUCAAGAUCGGAGAGAUGGGUUUUGAGAUAUUGGGCCUCGCUCCUCUGCCCGAGUUUGAAAAUGUGGUCGUCAUCCAUGGUUGAGCGUCUCCUUCUGGUGGAACCUGGAGGGACGGCUGUACCGUGGUACCAUGUUUUGUCCCGAAGAGAACAUGGUAUUACCUUGUUUUGUACCGAAGAGAACAUGGUAUUACUAUGUUCUGUCCCGAACAGAACAUGAGAUUACCACGUUUUGUAUCGAAUCGAACACGGUAUUACCAUGUUUUGUUCCGAAUAGAACAUGUAUUGCCAUAUUUUUUCCUGAACAGAACAUGGUAUUACCAUCCAUGAUUUGUCCCGAGAAGGACAUGGUACUAGCAAGUAUCUACGGAUCUGCGAAGAGAAUGGCCAUGUAAGUACAGAUGCCGAAGAGAAUAUGGUACCUUGUUCUUUCCCGAAUAGAACAUGGGAUGACCAUGUUUUGUCCCGAAUAGAACAUGGUAUCACCAUGAUUUGUCCUGAAAAGAACGUGGUACUAGUAAGUACCUACGCAUCUGCGACCUGAAUGGCCAUCUAUAAAUAUACAGAUGCCGAAGAGAACAUGGUACCGUCAAAUGUUGUUUACCCGUCUAUCCAUCUACUGUGGAGAUAGGCAAAACAUUCAGAUGGUGAACGGAGACGCGACGGGAGUACCUACCCUAUGCCAUCUUGGAGGAAGGUCAUUUGAUGCGAUCCGUCGUACAGCUGGCCCUACCAGCCAUCGAACGGUCGAAGCUUCUGUUGCACAGGGUAAACGACGGAGACCAAAGUACGCGCAUAUUUGCUCCGACAUGAGGGAGAAAGGAAGAAUCUGGGCAUUCAUUCAAGGAAGCUUUGUGGAGCUCUCACUUCGGCGGAGGUCCCUCUUCGCGCGUACGCGGACCUUGUUGUUGAUCUUCCGUUACCCCGAGAUUAGGCAGCGAAGGGAAUGAUGGGUGGACGAAGCGAAUCGAUGGUUGAAGAGCUAUGGCGAUGGCACUGAACUGAUGUUGGCCGGUUAUGCGAUCGGCGGGAAGUCCUUUCUCUGUAUCGCUGUUGCGGAAUCUCGUCUGAGGCGAGGCUCGCAAACGGUGACCAUCUUGCAAACGUCAUGUAGAGCGGGAGAGAGAGGGGGAAAGCCAGCUGUGGGGAUUGGCUCGCAGCUGUGUGGAUUACCAUGGCGGCCUGCGAUCCAUUCAUUCGUCCGAUCAUUGAUCUGCAUGUGAGCUCAAUUUUGUUUGUUAGCUGUUUUAUGUGGAGGGCCUCGGAGGAGAGCGUGCAUGUGCGGCUGUCGUACGGACGGACGGUCUGCGCUGUUGUACGGACGGCUGCAUGCAUCUGGUCGAGAAGCGAAGAGGCGAAUCUCUGGGGCGUGAGUACACAUUCUGCUCAGCGAGACUUUCGUUUUUAUGUAUGGGCUCGC